GGGACAAUGUCAGCGCCGAUCGUUCCAGAUACCAUGCCAGCUUAUGUUUUUGAGUCACCGUCUCUGCUCACCCAAGGAAUCGUCUUCAUUCGUUUCUUCUUCUUCUUCUUUCGUGUCGCAUGACUAGACCGGGUGUAGUGCAGACCAGCCCACCUCACUACCGCGAUAGCGGCAUCUCGCCUAAACCAUUGGGUGGAGGGAGGUCAGCAAAUCAACGGUUGGUGGACAUGCCCGAAAACCCGAGUCCGAAAUGAUGACCCCAUUCUUUGCAGUUCUUUUGCGCCGCACUUCUUUUUCAUCGGCCCAUGGAUUUUGAUAGCGCCGCGCUUUGUCUCUCUUCUUGAGAGAUACCGGGAGCCGGAAAGGAUUUCGGAUGUGAUCAGCCACCAAUAGUAGGCUCUAGAAGACGUGAUAAUGUGUUGAAAUGUAAGUGCAUAUGUGACUCCAGUAUAAUUGGUACAGAAUGGGUGAAAUGCCAGGCACGUCUUAUCUGUUGUUGUUUUUAUGUUCAGACGACAUCAAGAACUACAAACCUCAUUUAUGCUAAGCUUUCAGGUCAAAAAUUCCCUGCGGCGGCUAACGCAUGCAAUUAAAUUAAACCUUUUCGUGUCAUCUGAACCAAAAGUAUUUUGCCAAUCUGCCACCAAAGAAGCAUGAACUAGAUCAGAACUUUCCUCCCUGGCUACCAAAUCAGGAGGCAAAAAGGAGCAAAUCAGAAAACGUGACAAAGGAAAAGCUAUCGCAGUUGCUCAGCCUCGUGGCCCAAACUUGCCAGCUGUCCUUUACUAACGGACAAAGAUCUGUGGCAAUGCCUCUACGAAAUAGGUAAACAAGAGUCGCAUCCAACAUUUGUAUACGCAAAACUGCUAGAACCAGCAUUUUUUAUUUCGUGCGGUGUCCAAUCGAAACUGCGCCGGUUUCGCGACGCGACGUCAUUUGAAUUUAUUUUUUGGGUCGUUCGAAACUACGCUAGUAUCACGAACGGUGUGUCUGCUGCACGUCAAGUAAACAAUCCGCACGGUCGGCCCAGACAACUGGCACACAACGCGAAUUAGGUACGAACGGACGGUGUAAGACCUAUCAAUAAGGAGUCAAUUACCUGACUUGCCAAAACAUACAUCACCGAUUCUUUUCGUAAUGUUGCUUGAUUUUCUCUACCCCGCCGUGCUCCUGGUGGCCUCAAGCGGCCUUGCCUCCCCAGCCGCCGCCGCAAAGCCCAAGAACGCCAUCCUCCUAUCUGAUGUCCAAUCCCUCACGCUCCGCGCGGGCCGUCAGACCUCGCACCGCCGGGUGGCGGCCAUGCCGCAGCUCAAGUGCGUGUCGUCUCGGGCCGUGUGCGCGCUGCACGAGGUCGACACCAUGCGCUGCGUGAAUCAGGGCUCCGGCUAUGGCUCUGAGGACAUACAGUGGUCGUGCAGCGCCUCGCUCCCGCCCGAGCUCAAGCUCGGCAGCACCGAGGUCAUGUGCGAGGGCUACAGCUCCCCGGAUGACCCCUACGUCCUUAGCGGCUCCUGCGGCGUCGAAUACAGGCUCGUCUUGACCGAGGAGGGUUCUCGCCGCUACCCGGAUCUCGACGGAGGCGGCGGCGGUGGUGGAAGCGACGGGAACUUGCCUGCCUGGUUGUUUUGGGUCUUCUUCAUCGCCGUCGUCUGCUGGAUUCUCUACAGUGCAUUCACUGCCCAACCCGGUGAGUUCCGUGGUCCGCGCCCAGGACGUAACAACUUCUGGGGUGGUGGAGGUGGUGGCGGCGGUCCCGGUCCGGGUUUCUUUGGCGGCGGUGGUAACGGAUGGAACGACCCCCCUCCUCCGUAUCCCGGCAACAAGCCUACAGGCAGUGGAGGUGGUUGGCAACCUGGAUUCUGGAGUGGCCUGGCUGGCGGGGCUGCGGCGGGUUACAUGGCUGGGAACCGUGGACGGAACAACACGGACAACAAUCGGGGCUAUGGAAGCUUUGGUAACAGCAGAAAUACUUGGGGUGGCGGCAGCUCCUGGGGCGGAGCAGGUGGUGCUGGCCCUUCGUCAUCCCGCGGCUCUGGAUCCAGUUCAAGUUCUGCCCGGUAUGAAAGCACAGGUUUCGGCGGCACAAGCAGGCGAUGAGCUUCCUGAAAGCCACCUUCACUCGGAUUAGACAAAUAAAUAGAUAUGAUUAUUUUUUUGCUAUCAUACAGGAAUUACAGCAGGACUUCGAGACACCAUACAUCCUCUUAAUCUAUCCUUGUUUGCUUUCUUAGCUCUCGUG